AAUGGCUGGGAGCGGCAGCGGGACAGCGAGCAGGUGAGUUGGCCUCUCCAGUUCCUGCCGGUUGUGUGUCUCCGUCUGCGCCAAGUGCUCAGACCCGAGGGCUGGGGAGGAGAGGGGAGCAUCGCUGGAGCUCCAGGCGGGGGGCCGCUGCCCAGGGCUCUCAAGACCCGCGCUAGACACUGGUCCCAGCCCUCGAGUCUGGUCCCAGCCCUCGAGUCUGCUCCCAGCCAGGUCUUUGGCCUGUGGGAAUCCCCGCGGGGCCCCAGCUGGGCCUCGAUGGAGCUCCUGCCACCGCGCUCGCAGCCCUCCUUGUUGCUGCUACUCUUGCUGCUGCUGCUGCUGCUGCCGCCGCCGGCAGUGCCCCAGGCUGGCAGGUCCUGGCAGUGCCCGAGCGUCCCUUACGCUGCCUCCCGUGACUUCGACGUGAAGUACACGGUGCCCAGCUUCUCGGCGGGCGGGCCGAUACAGGCCCUGGCGACCUAUGAUGGGGGCGAGGAUGGAAGUGCGGUGUUCGUGGCCACACGCAAUCGCCUGCACAUGCUUGGGCCGGACCUGCAGCUCCUCGAGAGCCUGGCCACAGGCCCUGCUGGGGACCCUGCCUGCCAAACGUGCGCAGCCUGUGGCCCAGGCCCCCACGGGCCCCCGGGGGACACGGACGCAAAGGUGCUGGUGCUGGAGCCGGGGCUGCCGGCCCUGAUCAGCUGCGGCUCCAGCCUGCACGGCCGCUGCUUCCAGCACGAGCUGGAGCCCACCGGGACCACCCUGCGCCUGGCCCCGCCAGCCUGCCUCUUCUCCGCCCGCCACAACCGGCCCGAAGACUGCCCCGACUGCGUGGCCAGCCCUUUGGGCACCCUCGUGACCGUGGUGGAGCAGGGCCACGCCGCUUACCUCUACGUGGCAUCUUCUCUGGACGAGAAGGUGGCCUCGAGCUUCAGCCCACGCUCCGUGUCCAUCCGGCGCCUCAAGGCCGACGCGUCCGGAUUCGCACCAGACUUCGAGGCGCUGUCGGUGCUGCCCCGGUACCUCCCUUCCUACCGCAUCGAGUAUGUGUACAGCUUCCACGCCGGAGCCUUCGUCUAUUUUCUGACCGUGCAGCCCGCUAGCCUGGCCGCCACGCCCGGCGCCUUGCACACGCGCCUGGCCCGGCUCAGCGCCGUGGACACCGACGUGGGCAGCUACCGUGAGCUGGUUCUGGAUUGCCACUUUGAGCCUAAACGCCGGCGACGCGAGGCUUUGCUGGUCGGGCAGCCGUAUCCAGUGCUGCGGGCAGCCCACACGGCUCCCGUGGGCGGCCAGCUGGCCGCCGAGCUGAACGUAGCCGAGGGCCAGCAAGUGCUCUUUGGGGUCUUCGUGGCCAGCCGAGACAGCAGCCCCGGUGGCGGUCCCACAUCUGUCGUCUGUGCCUUCCCCAUCGAUCUGGUGGAUAAGCUCAUCGAGGAAGGCGAGGAGCGCUGCUGUAACCCCCCCGUCCAGCCGGGCCCCGGGAGGAGCCUCCGGAGGGACCUCGACUUCUUCCAGGCCCCCAGCUUCUGCCCCAACCCGCCCGGCCUGGCGUCCCUCAGCCCCAACACCAGCUGCUACCACUUCCCGCUGCGGGUCAGCAGCAGCCUCGUACGCGUGGACCUGUUCAACGGGCUGCUGGGGCCGGUGCAGGUGACCGCGCUGCACGUGACGCGCCUGGACAACGUCACCGUGGCCCACAUGGGCACGUCAGACGGGCGCAUCCUGCAGGUGGAGCUGGCCAGGUCUCUCAGCUACCUGCUGUAUGUGUCCAACUUCUCCCUGAGCAACAGUAAGCAGCCCGUGCAGCGGAACGUCAGUCGCCUUGGGAACCACCUGUUCUUUGCUUCUGGGGACCAGGUCUUCCAGGUACCCAUCCAGGGCCCCGGCUGCCGCCACUUCCUCACCUGCUGGCGUUGCCUGCGGGCGCAGCGUUUCAUGGGCUGUGGCUGGUGUGGGGGCGUCUGUGGCCGGCAGAAGGACUGUCCUGGCUCCUGGCAACAGGACCAUUGUCCCCCAGAGCUCACUGAGUUCUACCCUCGCAGUGGACCCCGGAGGGGCAGCACGAGGCUGACCUUGUGCGGCUCCAACUUCUACCUGCACCCUGCGGGCCCGGUGCCUGAGGGCACGCGUCAGGUCACUGUGGGCCAGAGUCCCUGCCGCCUGCUGCCCAAGGACAGCUCACACCUCAGCCCAGUGCCCCGGAAGGGCUUCACAGAAGAGCUGGAGUGUGAACUGGAACCCUUGGGCACACAGUCAGCUGGGACUGCCAACAUUAGCCUCACCGUCACCAACAUGCCACUGGGCAAGCACUUCCGGAUAGACGGCACCUCCGUGCUGCAAGGCUUCUCCUUCGUGGAGCCAGAGCUGAAAGAAGUACAGCCCCUCUUCGGCCCACGGGCAGGGGGCACCCGCCUCACCCUGACAGGCCGGGGCCUGUCCACAGGCACCAGCCGGGCUGUGCUGGUCAACGGGACGGAGUGUCUUCUGGAGUGGGUCGGCGAGGGGCAGCUUUCCUGCACCACGCCGCCCGGUGCUGCUCUGGGGAGCGUUCCCAUUCGCCUGCAGGUGGGGGGCGCCGGGGUGCCUGGCUCCUGGACCUUCGACUACCGGGAGAACCCCAUCGUGCUGGGCAUCAGCCCCCACUGUGGCUACAGCGGCUCCCACGUCACCGUCCGCGGCCAGCACCUGACUUCCGUGUGGCGCCUGGCGCUGUCGUUCCACGAUGGGCUCAAGGCGGUGGAGACCAGGUGCGAGGGGCAGCUGCCGGAGAAGCAUCGGUGCCGCCUGCCCGAGUACGUGGUCCGAGGCCCCCAGGAGUGGGUGGCAGGGAACCUGAGCGCCUGGGGGGAUGGAGCUGCCGGCUUCACCCUGCCUGGCUUUCGCUUCCUGCCCCCGCCCCGCCCACCCAGCCCUGACCUGGCCCCACUGAAGCCCGAGGAGCACACCGUCAAGUUCGAGUACAUUGGGCUGGGAGCCGUGGCCGACUGUGUGGACGUGAACGUGACCGUGGGUGGUAAGCGCUGCCAGCACGAGCUCCGAGGGGAUGUGGUCGUUUGUCCCCUGCCCCCCUCCCUGCCCCUGGGCAAGGACGGCACCCCGCUGCAGGUCUGCGUGGACGGUGAAUGUCACACCCUGGGCAGAGUGGUGCGGCCGGGCUCGGAAGGCAUCCCACGGAGAACGGUCCUCGGCAUCCUGCUGGCCCUGGCCCUGCUCGUGGUUGUGCUGGCCACCGCGCUCGUCUUCAACUACCGGCGGAGGAAGCAGCUGGUCCUGUCUCCGAGCCUGCGGCACCCGGCGUCCUCGGACCAGAUCGCCGGAGCCACACCUCUGUCCCCGCUCCAGUCCGGCUCCUGUUGCCGAUACAGCCCCGGUGAGCGGGAGGUGCCGGCCGCUGAAGCCCCGCUCUCCACUCCGCAAGGCACUCACCCUCUCUCCUCCGCAGCAGCUCCUUCCGCGGGGGGUCUGGAUCCCACCACUCGGGUCCACGGAGAGUUCUUCUCAGACAGUGGGGAUGGGUCCCGAGUCCCUCUGCUUCGGACGAAGUCCAUCCAGCUCGGGGACCUGGACUCUGCGCUCCUGGCCGAGGUCAAGGACGUGCUGAUUCCCCACGAGCGGGUGGUCACCCACAGUGACCGAGUCAUCGGCAAAGGCCACUUCGGGGUCGUCUACCACGGAGAGUACACAGACGAGGCCCAGACGCGAGCUCACUGCGCCGUCAAGUCCCUGAGCCGCAUCACGGAGCUGCAGGAGGUGGAGGCCUUCCUGCGCGAGGGGCUGCUCAUGCGCGGUCUGCACCACCCCAACGUGCUGGCCCUCAUCGGAAUCACGCUGCCGCCCGAGGGGCUGCCCCGGGUGCUGCUGCCCUACAUGCGCCACGGGGACCUGCUCCGGUUCGUCCGCUCGCCCCAGCGGAACCCCACGGUGAAGGACCUCAUCAGCUUCGGACUGCAAGUAGCCCGCGGCAUGGAGUACCUGGCGGAGCAGAAGUUCGUCCACAGGGACCUGGCUGCUCGGAACUGCAUGCUGGAUGAGUCGUUCACAGUCAAGGUGGCCGACUUCGGCCUGGCCCGAGGCGUCCUGGACAAGGAGUACUACAGCGUCCAGCAGCACCGCCAUGCUCGCCUGCCCGUCAAGUGGAUGGCGCUGGAGAGUCUGCAGACCUACAGGUUCACCAGCAAGUCGGACGUGUGGUCAUUUGGGGUGCUGCUGUGGGAGCUGCUGACUCGAGGGGCGCCACCGUACCCUCACAUCGACGCUUUUGACCUCACGCACUUCCUGGCCCAGGGUCGGCGCCUGCCCCAGCCGGAGUACUGCCCCGAUUCUCUGUACGCGGUGAUGCUGCGCUGCUGGGCGGCAGACCCUGCCGAGAGACCCACCUUCGGGACGCUGGCGAGGGAAGUCGAGCAACUGGCGGCGGCUCUGUGUGGGGACCACUACGUGCAGCUGUCCGUGGCCUACGUGAACCUGGGCCUGGAUGCCCCCAAGGACGCCACUGUGCCCCCAGAACAGUCACUGUCCCCACCUGUGCCCAGGAGCCCCGGGCAGCCUCGGCCCCUCUCAGAGCCACCGAGGCCCACGUGACCUCAGCCCUAGGCAGGCCCCGAGGGGCUGGGCCUGCAGAGCCACUCCUGGGAGUUAACCUCUGGGCUGUGCCGCGCCAAGGGGGGGCCCGACCCGCACUCUGCCCUGUCCCUUACCCUCACCCGCCAGGCUGUAGGGGGGGAGCAAGGCACACUGACCCCUCACGCCACAGAGGGAGCCAGGGAGGGUGACCCUGGAUGUAGUGAGUACUUACGGAGCCGUUGUGUGUCUGGCCUGCUGGGCACAGGGACCAGCCACCGGCCCACGAGCCAGUAAAUAAACAGGUGACUAUUUAA